AAACACAGAUUAUCAGAUGGUAACUGUCACUACUGUCAACUUGAUGAUUUCACAACAUUGCAUUGUCAACACUUUUUAUUUAUCUUUUAUUCGCAUAAUUGCUACUGCGAAGUAACAGUUUAUCCUGCCUUUAUCGUGAAUUUAUCCAAAAUGGAUUGCUCUACGCUGAUGAGAAGCUAUUCCAGAUACAUGUUGAUACUUUUCAACUUGAUAUUUGUGUUAACCGGUAUAAUUAUAAUUUCAAUUGGACUUAGCGCCAAAGCAUAUUUCCAUGAAUUCGAUGAACUGAUGAACAACCGAUACUUCCUAAUAUCAGAUUUGCUCAUCGUCAUCGGAGUAGUAAUAUUCUUCAUUGCAUUCUUCGGAUGUUGCGGUGCAAUGAAAGAAAAUAACUGCAUGACCACCACAUAUUCCACUUUGCUGGUUAUUAUUUUCCUUCUCGAAUUGGCCGUUGGCAUUACUGGAAUAUUCCUGAAAAGUAACUCUGAGGAAUUCUUGAAAGAGAGGUUGGAUUCCACGUUGGGUCAAUACAAAAAUGAUUCCUUUAACGAGACUACUGCUAUUUGGGACGCAAUUCAAAAAGAGUUCACCUGUUGCGGUGUUGUUAAUUACACCGAUUGGAAAAACGUAACAAUAUUAAACGGUAGUUAUCCGGUAUCCUGCUGUCCCGUACCACCGGGAGCCACUGAAUUGAUCUGCACAGUAAAUCACGGGAUUUACAGGGAGGGUUGCUUGGAAAAAUUCGGCGAUUUCGUUAAAGAUAACUUAUCUUACGUGGAAGGAGUAGCCAUCGGUUUGGCUAUUAUUCAGCUGAUGGGAAUUAUCUUCUCCUGCUGCUUGGCCAAGUACAUCAGAAGCGACUACGAGACUGUUUAAGCAAUGAUGAAUUCGAUACGCAAUAUAUUAUAAUAGUGUAGGUGUGAACCUGUACUUCGAAUUUUUGUUUCGGUUUGCUUUUUUUUUCAACUGUAAUUGUUUUAUUUUCGAAAAAACCGAUAGAAACAUGUGUAGUAAGUGUAAUACUUGCAGGAGUGUUUCCAAAGUCAAUUCAAUCGCUUUUCUGAUUUAAAUCUCAAUAUAUAACUUUGUUAAGGAAAGUAAGUUGGCUUUGAAAAUGCUUCGAUUCGUGAUUUUUCGAAAUUUUUGAUAUCCUAUUGGUUUUUAAGAAAGUUGAUGUUUAUUAUUCAGUAGAAAUGCUAUUAUAUAAUAUGUGAUAAUCUUCUAUAUUUAGUAUAUCAUUGUAGUUUUUAUAAUAUAAAUAAUCGUAGUUACUUAA